AUGCCGAUUGCAUCGGAAGAGAAUCUUGCGGAUGUCUUUUUCAAUGAUGAGGACCUGCCGUACGAAGAGGAGAUCCUUCGCAAUGCAUACUCCGUUAAACACUGGAUGCGCUAUGUGGAACACAAGCGCAAUGCCCCUCGAUUCGUUAUCAACACCGUGUUCGAGCGAGCGCUAAAGGAGCUUCCUGGUUCGUACAAACUUUGGUACAACUACCUCAAAACGCUACGUAAGCAGGUGAAGGGAAAAUGCAUCACCGACAGUGAGUAUGAAGAGGUUAACAACGCGUUCGAACGGGCACUCGUCUUUAUGCACAAGAUGCCCCGCAUUUGGAUGGAUUAUUGCUCGUUUAUGACAUCCCAGUGUAAGAUCACGCGCACACGCCAAGUCUUCGAUCGUGCAUUACGUGCACUUCCCAUCACGCAGCACCACCGCAUAUGGCCGCUCUAUCUCGAAUUUUUGAAACGUUUCGACAUUCCCGAAACAGCGGUGCGCGUGUGGCGUCGCUAUCUUAAGCUAUGUCCGGAAGACGCCGAAGAGUACGUCGAGUUCCUGCAAUCGAUCGGGCACUUAGACGAAGCAGCCCAGCAGCUUGCCAGCAUAGUUGACAAUGAAAAUUUUGUCUCCAAACACGGCAAAUCGAAUCACCAAUUGUGGAACGAGCUAUGUGAGCUCAUUUCCAAGAACCCAGACAAGGUGCACUCGCUCAACGUGGACGGCAUUAUUCGUGGCGGACUGCGGCGUUACACAGACCAGCUGGGCCACCUUUGGAAUUCACUCGCAGGAUACUACGUGCGCAGCGGAUUGUUCGAUCGGGCACGCGAUAUUUACGAAGAAGCUAUUCAAACGGUAACGACGGUACGCGAUUUUAGCCAGGUGUUUGAUGCGUACGCGCAGUUCGAGGAGCUUAGUCUCAGCAAAGUGAUGGAGGCCCUCGAGCGCAACCCCAAUCCAACCGAAGAUGACGAAGUGGACGUUGAGCUGCGCAUGGCUCGAUUCGAGUAUCUCAUGGAGCGCCGCUUGCUGUUACUGAACAGUGUUCUUCUACGACAAAAUCCACACAAUGUUGCGGAAUGGCACAAACGUGUGGAGCUGUACGAAGGGAAGCCUCACGAGAUCAUAAACACCUAUACGGAGGCGGUUCACACAGUUCAACCAAAGCUGGCCGUAGGCAAACUUUACACGCUCUGGGUUGCUUUUGCAAAGUUUUACGAAGCGAAUAAACAGCUUGCGGAUGCCCGGAUCGUUUUUGAAAAAGCGGUCCAAGUGGAUUAUCUUAAAGUGGACGAACUUGCCAGCGUAUGGUGCGAGUGGUCCGAAAUGGAGAUCCGUCAAGAGCAGUUUGAAGAGGCGCUACGGAUCAUGCAGAGAGCGACCGCCAUGCCGAAGCGUAAGGUGGCCUACCACGACGACACGGAAACGGUGCAGAUGCGUGUGUACAAGUCGCUCAAGCUGUGGUCCAUGUAUGCGGAUUUGGAAGAGAGCUUUGGUACGUUCAAGACGUGCAAGCAAGUGUACGAUCGUAUCAUCGAUCUGAAGAUUUGCACGCCGCAAAUCAUCAUCAACUUUGGUAUGUUCCUGGAGGAGCACAAUUACUUCGAGGAAGCUUUCAAAGCCUACGAAAAGGGCAUUGCCCUGUUUAAAUGGCCGAAUGUGUACGACAUUUGGAACACCUACUUGACGAAGUUUUUACACCGCUACGGUGGUCAGAAGCUGGAGCGUGCUCGCGAUCUUUUCGAGCAAUGCCUGGAUGGUUGUCCACCGGAGCUAGCCAAGAAUCUGUACCUUUUGUAUGCAAAGCUCGAAGAACAACACGGCUUGGCGAGACAUGCGAUGGCUGUGUACGAGCGCGCUACGACGGCCGUUAAGGAAGAAGAAAUGUACGCGAUGUUUAACCUUUACGUGAAGAAGGCAGCCGAUAUUUACGGUAUUCCCCGGACGCGUCAAAUCUACGAAAAGGCAAUCGAGGUUCUGCCGGAAGCCGAUUCACGCAAAAUGUGUGUUCUCUUUGCCGAAAUGGAAACUAAGCUGGGCGAAAUCGACCGCGCACGCGCAAUCUACGCCCACUGCAGCCAAAUGUGUGAUCCUCGUGUAACGGCCGAUUUCUGGCAAACGUGGAAAGAGUUCGAGAUCCGGCACGGCAACGAGGACACGAUGAGAGAAAUGCUGCGUAUCAAGCGCUCGAUACAGGCGACCUAUAACACUCAAAUUAACAUGAUGUCGGCGGCACUGAUCAAUGCUGCCGUAACGACAGGCGAACCGCCCAAGGAUGCCAUGCGAGCCUUAGAAGUAAAGGCAGCUGAAACGACGGCACGAGCAAUCGCGGCUGUUGGUGCGAGCGGCGGCAACAUAAUGUUCGUGAGAGGCGAAACGCAGGGUGGAACCGCGAAGGAUGAUCGCGUGGUAAAUCCCGACGAAAUCGAUAUAGAUGACGAAGACGAGGAGGAAGAAGAUGAUGCUAUCGAAGGGAAUGAUGGCGAUGAAGAUAUCACCAAAAAGGUACCAAUCGAGCGGCAGAACAUUCCAGCAAAGGUGUUUGGCAACCUCCGCCGACCAUCAGAGGAGCAAGAUGACAAUGGGAUGAACGAAUGA